ACUCUCGGAUAUGGAGUAAGUAUUAAUGGAGUGUCUAAUUAGGGCAUUGAAGAGGGAAUUCAUCAUCCUUGCUGCAGCCUGUCAGGUCAUGAUCCCAAUCAUACACCCUUGUUUCCUCUUAUUUUCAUCAUCUUCUUUUUUUGACUUUCGAUUCUUGUUGAUCAACUUGAUCAGAGUGAGAUAGACAGGCUAUUUUUAGUUAUCCCUAACUAGUUAGUUAACUUACAUCUCCUACCCGAUUAGAUCAGCCGGCCCUCAUCAACAUGAACAAACUAGUUAUCGUGACAGGCUGUGAUGUAUCAAUCAUUUCUUCAACCAGCACCGUACAGGUUAACUCGGCUGUAGGCUACGUCAACGGUUUCUUGUUUGUGUUUGUGGUUUCACCCUUCGUUCUCAUCUCAGUGUGGAUCCUGCAGUCUGCCUUGUCGGAUCAACAUACACUCUUUCUCUUUCCCCAUUCAUUGGAUGAAAUUCCACUGAGGGAUUAAUCCCGCAUGAUGAUGAUAUGCUAUUCUUACCACUUUUCUGGUCAAGUGGGGGAUAGAUUGGGGAGAGAUACUAUUCAUUCUCCCUUCUUUCUAGGCAGUAUUCACAAAUUGUAUCAAUUUAUUACUGUGAUAGAUAUGAUAGUAUAUCAAAAC